ACGGCCUCCGCCUCCAGCGCCGCCGGAUUCGCUUUCGCCAUCGGCCGGCGCCUCCAUUUCCCGCACCACCACCAUCCCCCGCCGCCGGCCGCCCGCCCGCCCACCAUCGCCGCCCCACACGACCACACAACAGCCAACGGCGAUAUUCCAUUCCAUUCCACCCAGUCCACGCAUCGGCAUCGGCCCGCAUCUUUGACUCUGUAGUCCCCCCGAUUCGGCGCUUCCAGAUCUAGGCGGGCGAUCCGAGACGCCAUGAACGGAGGAGGAGGCAUGGCGGCACCGGCGGCGGCGGCGGCGACGCCGAGCCACCGGCGGCUGCCGGACUUCCUCCAGAGCGUGAACCUCAAGUACGUGAAGCUGGGGUACCACUACCUCAUCACCCACCUCAUCACGCUCCUGCUGCUCCCGCUCAUGGCAGUCAUCGUCCUCGAGGCCGGCCGCACCGACCCCGACGACCUCCGCCAGCUCUGGCUCCACCUCCAGUACAACCUCGUCUCUGUCCUCCUCCUCUCCGCCGUCCUCGUCUUCGGUGCCACCGUCUACGCGCUCACCCGCCCCCGUCCCGUCUACCUCGUCGACUUCGCCUGCUACAAGCCGCCGCCGCACCUCAAGGUCAGCUUCCAGGAGUUCCUCCGCCACUCGGGCCUCUGCGGCUUCUCCGACGACGCCCUCGACUUCCAGCGCAAGAUCCUCGAGCGCUCCGGGCUCAGCGAGGAGACCUACUGCCCCGAAGGCAUGCACGCCAUCCCGCCGGAGCCCACCAUGGCGAAUGCCCGCGCCGAGGCCGAGUCCGUCAUGUUCGGCGCCCUGGACAACCUCUUCAGCGCCACCGGCGUCAAGCCCAAGGACGUCGGUAUCCUCGUCGUCAACUGCAGUCUGUUCAACCCAACCCCGUCGCUCUCCGCCAUGAUCGUCAACAGGUACAAGCUCAGGGGGAACGUCCGGAGCUUCAACCUCGGCGGGAUGGGCUGCAGCGCCGGGGUCAUCGCCAUCGACCUCGCCAGGGACAUGCUCCAGGUGCACCGGAGCACCUACGCCGUGGUGGUCAGCACGGAGAACAUCACGCAGAACUGGUACUUCGGCAACCGCAAGUCGAUGCUGAUCCCCAACUGCCUCUUCCGCGUCGGCGGCUCGGCGGUGCUCCUCUCCAACCGCGGCGCCGACCGCCGCCGCGCCAAGUACAGCCUCAGGCACGUGGUGCGCACGCACAAGGGCGCCGACGACAAGGCAUUCAACUGCGUGUACCAGGAGCAGGACGCCGAGGGCAAGACCGGCGUGUCGCUGUCCAAGGACCUGAUGGCGAUCGCCGGCGGCGCGCUCAAGACCAACAUCACCACGCUGGGGCCGCUCGUGCUCCCCUUCAGCGAGCAGCUGCUCUUCUUCGCCACGCUGGUGUCCAAGAAGCUGUUCAACGCCAAGGUGAAGCCUUACAUCCCAGACUUCAAGCUCGCCUUCGAGCACUUCUGCAUCCACGCCGGGGGCCGCGCCGUGAUCGACGAGCUGGAGAAGAAUCUGCAUCUGAGCCCGGUGCACGUGGAGGCGUCCAGGAUGACGCUGCACAGGUUCGGCAACACUUCCAGCAGCUCCAUCUGGUACGAGCUUGCCUACAUGGAGGCCAAGGGCCGCGUCCGCCGGGGCGACCGCAUCUGGCAGAUCGCCUUCGGCAGCGGCUUCAAGUGCAACAGCGCCGUCUGGCACGCCCUGCGCAACGUCAAGCCGGCGGCCAACAGCCCCUGGGAGGACUGCAUCGACCGCUACCCGGUGGAGCUCGUCGACGGCUUCCCCACCCACAACCACAAGCAGCAAUAACAACACCCACCCCCACAGCCACCCUCCAUUGGAGCUCCAGAUACAGAGAUUGCUAGCAUGGAUCAAAACCAAAUCCAGUAAUCCACACAUGGUUACAAGUGACAUAACUGAUGGCAGUACUGCUUUUUCAAGGACACCCCGAUUGCGCUGCAAGAAUCUCCAGGCUUUUUGCUGCAAGUCUGCUCUGCAGAUCUGCAACAUUCACCAUCGGAUUUACCAAUGAUCUAUGUGUACUUCAGGGAUCUGGAUCAUCAGGUCUGGGAGAGCCUGUGUGAGGUCCCCUCCCCACCUUGCGCCCGUGGUAAGUUUUUACAAGAGCAGAGUGCUGAUAUGAUAUGAGGUCAAGGAUAAGCUUGUAGUAUGCUGUAUGUACAUUUGUCUCAUUUAAAGCCAUUGCUGCCGAUUGCCAUUUCAGUAGACAGUGGUCCAUAGGAGGGGCCGAUUUUCAUCUUCUAUUUUUUGUUUCUUACAUGGCAAAGGGAUUCAUGCUGUUGACAGAAUGUGUCUGGGUUCUGUCCACUGAACGAUGGAGCAUGUAUUUGUCCUGUUCAAUCGAUUUUUUGUUUUCCGCUUCCUUUGCUAUACUGCUGUGUUACUGACAUUGAUAUAUACACUGUUAUUUUUCCAUCUUAA